UCUAUGGCAGUGACUCAUGUUUGACUCACAGAUUUGAAGUAGGGAGAAAGAAUUGAAGGUCUUGCUAAAACGGCACGGCAAGGCUGCAUCUUGGCGGCGAAAGCCUUCCUCGACUGGCGUCACAACUUUCUGCCGUUGACUACCCCACCAUAAUACACAUUCGGCCGGCGCACGACUUUUUGGCUAUUCCGUCUUUCACUGCUAGGCACAGAAAGCAACUAAUUGUGGCAAAGAACAUCGAGAGAUUUGACGCCAACCAAUCGUUUCUCAUUUGUUCGACUGAAGAUCUUCAUUGUUCCGUUGUCGAACCUGCACACGACUUUAUGUCGCCGCCUCUCAACCGAGAACGAUUCUUCUCCCUAAUUUCAACCACGCAUCUCACCAAAGACCGACAUGGCUCCUAAAAAGAAGGGCGGCAAGAAACAGGCCGACGAUUGGGAAGCUGACCUCGGCGAGACCAUCGACCCCAUCGCUCAAGCCACCGCUGAAGCGAAGAACACAGAAGAUGAACAGGAUGCCGCGGACGGGGAAGUCAAUGCUGGCGGCCUGAUGGCUGCCAUUCGGAAGAACAAGGACAAACGUGCAAAGAAGGGUAAGCCUGUUCUCAAUGACUUCGUCGAAGGCGAGGAUCCAGAUAGUGCCGCUCCCACCCCACCCGUGGAGGACCUUGCUGCCAAAGCACCUGCCGAGGCUACCUUCGACGACGAAGAAGAAGACGUCUUUGCCGGGAAUGUAAAGAAAGGCAAAGGGGGCAAAAAGCAGGCACAGCAGCAGGAAACGCUUGCUGAGGACGGCGAAGAUGACGAGGGUGGCGGCGUAAAGUCCAAGAAGGAAAAAGAGCGCGAGAAGAAAGAACGUGAAAAGCAACGAAAGAGGGAGCAAGCCGCGAAGAAGAAGACUGUUGCACCAACUCCAGCUGUCAAAGAGGAAGCGGCCAAACCAGUGGAGGAAAAGAAACCUGAAGCUGCUGCGCCGGUUGUAGAGAAAGAGGAGAAAGGCGGCAAGAAAAAGAAACUCACUCCACAGCUUGUUGCCCUCCAGAAACAGCAAGCACUACUCGCCCAGCAACGAGAGGAGGAAGCAAGAAUUGCAGCAGAGGAAAAGGCAGCAGAGGAAGAGAGACUGCGCCAAGAGGCUGAAGAAGAGAAAAAGAAAGCGGAGGUACGGCAACGCAAGAAGGAAAAGGAGAAAGAGAAGAAGGAACAGCUGAAGAAAGAGGGCAAACUUAUGUCAGAUUCCGACAAGAAGCGAAAGCAGCAACAAGAGCUCCGAUUGAAGCAGAUGCUUGAAUCUGGUGUGAAGGUCGCUGGUUUGGCAGGCGACUCGGAGGAAAAGAAAAAGCCCGUUUUUGACAAGAAACGAAAGGCUCCCAAAAAGGAGGAGGUCGAUCUUGAAGCCGCCGCAGAAAAGGCUAGACGCGAAGCUGAGGCUGCCGACGCCGAACGUCAACGUUUAGCAAAGGAAGCUGAACAAGCUGCGGCGGCGGCGGCUGCUGCAGAGGCCGACAAAGCAGACGAUUCGUCCGACCUUGACGAUUGGGAGAAGGCUGCUGACGAGGAGGUCAAAGACAGCUGGGAUGCUGAUUCGGAUGCAGAAUCCCCUGCUGUCAACGGCGAUGCCAAAGCCGCAGUAAAUGGCAGUGCCACAAAGACAGCAAGCACUUCGACUUUGCCAGUACGCAGCUCGGGACCACCUUCAAAAGAAAGGCCCAUUGAGUCUGACACUGACUCUGACUCUGAUGAUUCCUCUUCAGAAGAGGAAGAAGAAGGCACUUCAAACCAACGCGCAAUUGCUAAGCGAAAGGCAGAUGCAGCUGCCCGAAGGCAGAAAGCCCACGAAGAGGCUCUUGCAGCACGGUCGAAGGACAACUUGCGAUCACCUAUCUGUUGUAUUCUCGGUCACGUCGAUACUGGUAAAACGAAACUGCUGGACAAGAUUCGGCAGACUAAUGUCCAGGAAGGUGAAGCAGGUGGUAUCACGCAGCAAAUCGGUGCUACGUAUUUCCCGGUCGAAGCACUGCAGCAGAAGACAGCCGUUGUCAACAAGGAUGGUAGUUUCGAAUUCAGAGUCCCCGGCUUGCUGGUCAUCGAUACUCCUGGCCACGAGUCGUUCUCCAACCUUCGGUCUCGUGGAUCUUCACUUUGCAACAUCGCCAUUUUGGUGGUGGAUAUCAUGCACGGUCUUGAACCCCAGACCAUUGAGUCUAUGAACUUGCUCCGAGAUCGUAAGAUCCCGUUCAUCGUUGCACUCAACAAGAUUGAUCGUCUGUAUGGGUGGAAAAAGAUCGAUAACAACGGUUUCCAAGAGAGUUUGGCCAUGCAGAACAAAGGCGUUGUGAACGAAUUCCGCGAUCGUCUCGACAAGACCAAGCUAGCUUUUGCAGAACGAGGAUUCAACGCCGAGCUCUUCUACGAGAACAACGACAUGAGACGAUACGUCUCUCUUGUCCCCACCUCGGCACAUACUGGUGAAGGUAUUCCUGACAUGAUCAAGCUUCUGGUGACUUUGACUCAAGAACGGAUGACGUCUAGUCUGAUGUACUUGUCAGAGGUUGAGGCGACCAUUCUAGAAGUCAAGGUCAUUGAGGGUCUUGGUACCACCAUCGAUGUCAUUCUCUCCAACGGAUAUCUUCGAGAAGGUGAUCGGAUCGUGCUGUGUGGUAUCAAUGGGCCCAUCGCCACCAACAUCCGAGCUCUUCUGACGCCUGCACCAUUAAAGGAGCUCCGUCUGAAGUCACAAUAUGUGCACAAUAAGGAAGUGAAAGCCGCACUUGGCGUCAAGAUUGCGGCGAACGACCUGGAAGGUGCCAUCGCUGGUUCCCGACUGCUUGUAGUCGGCCCUGAAGACGAUGAAGACGAUCUGGAGGAUGAUGUUAUGGCUGAUUUGCAGAAGCUGCUUACGUCGGUCUCGAAGGAUAACCGUGGUGUCAGCGUACAGGCUUCUACGCUAGGCUCAUUAGAAGCCCUGUUGAAGUUCUUGAAGGACAUGAAGAUCCCUGUGGCCAACAUCUCCAUCGGUCCGGUCUACAAACGUGAUAUAAUGAUGGCAGGCACCAUGUUGGAGAAGGCCAAAGAGUACGCGGUGAUGCUUUGCUUCGAUGUCAAGGUGGACAAAGAAGCGAUGGCAUAUGCCGAAGAGAACGGCAUCAAGGUUUUCACGGCCGACAUCAUUUAUCACUUGUUCGACGACUUUACCAAGUACAGAAAUCAGCUUGCGGAGCAGAGAAAAGAGGAGAGCAAGCUUCAUGCGGUGUUCCCUUGCGUGCUGAACCCACUACAAGUCUUUAAUAAGAAGGAUCCGAUCGUGAUUGGACUUGACGUGGUGGAUGGAAGUCUUCGACCAUUGACACCGAUUGCUGCUGUGAGGACAAAUCCAGUGACUAAUGUGAAGGAAAUUGUCUCAUUAGGAAGAGUGACAUCUAUCGAGCGAGAACACAAGGCGAUCCCUCUCUGCAAGAAAGGACAGCCAUCAGUGGCCGUGAAGAUCGAAGGACCUAAUCAGCCUCUGUACGGCCGACAAUUGGACGAAAAGGACACACUCUACUCGCUCCUAUCCCGACAGUCGAUCGAUACCCUCAAGGAGUUUUACCGCGACGAGGUGACGAAGGAGGAGUGGUCUCUUAUUAGGAAGAUGAAGCCGCUUUUCGACAUUCCAUAGAUGAAGAUAUGAGUUGAACGCGAAAAGUCGAUUCCGAGGUUGCUCGGACAAAAGUUCAGCGUGACGAGCAUGCAACUACGAUUGCAUUUGUAUUUUCAGCAUGACUGGGCAUGGCAAAGGGCGUAUAAUGGACUGGAAUGACAUUCUCUCUGCUUCGUCUGUACUGAACAGGCAUCAAUCUCCCUCAGGAUGAAUAGUAGUUAGAAGUUUGAUGAUUGAGAAUCUGGAUGACUAAGUCAUGA